AGAUAGCUAACAUUUUAUCAGAUAAGCGGCGUCAUUUGAAGUUCAAGCUCCAAAGGUGUAGAAUUACUCAAUCGAAAUGCUGCCUCUCGCGAACACCUUGGCCAGGAGAAGUUUCUCCACUUCCUUGGCGUCUUCCGCCGUCAUAAAAAAUGUCACGGUCAUCGGCGGCGGCCUGAUGGGCUCCGGCAUCGCUCAGGUGGCCGCGCAGACCGGACACAAAGUGAUCCUGGUUGACCUGGACGAGACGGUUCUGUCCAAGGCUAAGAACAGCAUCACCGCCAACCUGGGCCGUGUGGCCAAGAAGAAGUUCAAGGACGCACCUGCCGAGGGUGAGAAGUUCGUGGCCGGCGCCCUGGCCAACCUGAGCACCAACACGGACGCGUGCGAGGCGGCUAAAUCGGCCGACCUGGUGCUCGAGGCCAUCGUCGAAGACCUGAAGGUCAAGCACAAGCUCUUCAGCAGCCUCGACCCUGUCGCCCCUGCCCACACGAUUUUUGCUUCUAAUACUUCUUCCCUUUCGGUUGAGGAUAUUUCCCAGGCAGCCCCAAGCAGAAAGGAAAAAUUCGGUGGUCUCCAUUUUUUCAACCCUGUGCCUGUGAUGAAGCUUCUGGAGGUGAUCAGGACACCGUACACCUCGGACGAGACCUACCAAGCGAUGAUGGAGUGGGGCAAGGCCCUGGGAAAGGUGGCCAUCACCUGCCGGGACACUCCCGGAUUCGUGGUCAACCGCCUUUUGGUUCCCUAUUUGGCCGAGGCCGCCCGACUGGUCGAGCGAGGGGACGCUACCACCAGGGACGUGGAUAUUGCCAUGAAACUGGGCGCAGGUUAUCCGAUGGGACCUUUCGAACUUCUGGAUUAUGUUGGGCUCGACACUAAUAAAUUUGUUCUAGAUGGCUGGGCAAAGAAGUUCCCAGAUGAACCUCUUUUUAAGCCAGUCCCGUUGGUCAAUGAGAAGGUCGCUCAAGGAAAAUUAGGAAUUAAGUCUGGUGAAGGAUUUUACAAUUAUAAGAAGCAAUAAAAAUUGAAUUUUAAAAUUGAGAAAAAUUAGGUUAAUUUAUGGGAAAAAAUUCACGUCUUUUAGCGCAAAUCUGGCGAGAUAUUCUUUUAUGGGUUUAAUCGUGUCAUUAUUUUUUUAAAUUAUUUUCAUAAUGGUGUCCCGGUUACGGAAAAGUCUGAAAAUAAAUUAAACUGCUUUUAUUGA